AGAUAGAGUUGGAGAGAAAGGGGAAAAAAGAAGCUGCGGUCGGGUUUGCCAGCGGUCGAGCACGCUCGUCCAACACUGAUUCGGUCCUCUGCUUUUUUUUUUCCACAUUCGGCGCUCCGCACCCCCCCGCUCUCCGCUCGCGCUGCGAGUCUCGCGCUGGGCCCACAGAUCUGAGCAAACACCACGCACCGCUCUGCCAACCGCCGUCCGUCUCCGCUAGCCGGGUUUUUUUUUUAAUACAUAUUUAAACAUACGUACACGAAAAGCGAAAAAGCAAGCGCAUCUAUUUUAAGUGAUUUUAUAAUUUGUCGUUUUUUUUUUUUUUGGGGUACGGGCGCGACACAACUUUUCUUUUUUCUUUCUCUCUGUUUUUUAAACGAGCCUUUUCCCGCUCGCGCUGUCAGCGGUGGUCUUGCGCUGGAGUUGUGCUGUGCCCCCCUUUUCCACUGUCUUUUUUCCCUCUUUUUUUUCCUGCCUCUGCUGGACAGUUAGAGCUUUUUCUACCAUUUUGCCACUGUUCCUUCUCUUUUGUCUCCUCUUAGCUCUCUGUUUUUCCCCAGUUGAAGCGUCAGUAAUAGUUGCAGCUUUUGGUCUUAAGUGACUGAAACAGCAAAGAAGUGGUGGCAGCAGACUUUUUUUUGUUUACCAUCGACGUGCUGAAUUUAUGAUGAGAGUGCAAAAUGGAUGAAUUUCACCCGUUCAUCGAGGCCCUUCUCCCGCACGUGCGCGCCUUCUCCUACACCUGGUUCAACCUGCAGGCCCGCAAGCGCAAGUACUUCAAGAAGCACGAGAAGCGCAUGUCCAAGGACGAGGAGCGCGCGGUGAAGGACGAGCUGCUGGGGGAGAAGCCCGAGAUCAAGCAGAAGUGGGCGUCGCGUCUCCUGGCCAAGCUCCGCAAGGACAUCCGGCCCGAGUUCCGCGAGGACUUUGUGCUCACCAUCACGGGCAAGAAGCCGCCCUGCUGCGUGCUCUCCAACCCCGACCAGAAGGGCAAGAUCCGGCGCAUCGACUGCCUGCGCCAGGCCGACAAGGUGUGGAGGCUGGACCUGGUGAUGGUCAUCCUGUUCAAGGGCAGCCCGCUGGAGAGCACGGACGGCGAGCGGCUGGUCAAGUCGCCCCAGUGCUCCAACCACGGCCUGUGCGUGCAGCCGCACCACAUCGGCGUGUCCGUCAAGGAGCUGGACCUCUACCUGGCCUACUUCGUCCACUCGCCAGAAUCUGGACAAUCAGACAGCUCCAGCCAGCAAGGGGACGCUGACAUCAAGCCACCGCCCAACGGGCACUUGAGUUUCCAGGACUGCUUUGUGACUUCAGGAGUGUGGAACGUCACAGAGCUUGUUCGCGUGUCACAGACUCCAGUUGCUACAGCGUCUGGCCCCAAUUUCUCCCUGGCUGACCUGGAGAGUCCUGGUUACUACAACAUCAACCAGGUGGCCCUGGGGCGACGUUCUAUCACUUCCCCCCCUUCCACCAGGUCUGAGGUGGAGCUAUAUGCAAGUCUUCCACGGAGGUACUCCAAUAAGCGCAAGUCCAUUGACGACAGUGAAAUGGAGAGCCCGGUGGAUGAUGUCUUCUAUACUGGCCGCUCGCCUGCCGCCAGCAGCUCCCAGUCCAGUGGCUGGCCAAACGAUGUGGACACAGUGCAGCACCAUUUGGCGAAUGUGCAGGAGAGGAAGAUUAAGCAUGAAAACGAUGGCGUGCAGUUUCCUUACCAUGGACUGUCCUCGCCUGGUUCUCUUAAGAAGCCGGGAAAGUUCGAUUUCAGCGCGCUGUCGGCCCAGACGAGAUCGCCCCGCAUGGCGUUCACCCACCACCCGCUGCCAGUGCUGGCGGGCGUGAGACCAGGGAGCCCCCGUGCCUCUGCCUCGGCCCUGCACUUCCCCUCCCCAUCCAUCAUCCAGCAGUCCAGCCCCUACUUCACCCACCCCACCAUCCGCUACCACCACCACCCCGGACAGGACCCCCUAAAGGAGUUUGUGCAGUUUGUCUGCUCUGACGGCUCGGGACAGCCCAGCGGACAGCCAAACGGGAGCGGCCAGAGCAAAAUGCCGGGCUCCUUCUUGCUGCCUCCACCUCCCCCUGUGGCCCGCCCAGUGCCCCUCCCCAUGCCCGACUCUAAACCCUGCAGCACACCCCCCGACGGCGGACUCACCUCACCCGCAUCUCCGUCAUACUCCUCGCCAGGCUCCACAGCUCCCAACAGGUUUGUCAGCAUCGGAUCACGGGACAACAACUUUCUGAACAUCCCCCAGCAGACGCAGUCUUGGUUCCUCUGACAAGACCUGCGUGAAGCAAACCACAAAAAUUCUGUAUGGAAAAUCUAAAGAUAAAUUAAACAAACCGCUCUCCUGCCCUUCUAGCACAGAUGAAAAACAGAAAAUACCUGCAUGAUUUUAACAGGAAAAUAAUCUCAGCUCCAUGAACAAAGCAAAAAAAAAAACCCCAGAGGAAAAAACAUUGUUAUGAGAAAAAUGUCAUUCAGAAGAGGAAGAGGAAGAUGAGGAGCCAUCUUGGAGAGCAGUAAAAGCAACCGGAAAAUCUCCCCGUUCUUUUCCUUUUAGUAAUGAGGCACACUGGCUGAAAAAUCCUGAAAACCCGCAUGUGCAAAAGAUAAAACAAUACUAUGGUCUGAAAUACUACUAUUCGAGGUUUUAAAAGAACCUCGAAUUGAGAAAAUCAGAUAAGAGAUAAAUCACACAGUCAGUAUUUGGGUAGCACCAUUUUAGCUGUUCACUGUCAUCCCUUCAAAUACGCCACCGUCCAACAACCAAGUCCUGACGUGAUUGGUUGGAGAGAAUGAACAGCACGUCAUAUUUCGCUGCAGUUGAGAAGAACUCCUGAACCCCAUUUUAAUCAGCCAAUCACGGCGGCAUUUAAUGUUGAGACACCUGCACUAAUUGACAGAUCUCUGCUUAUCCGUCAAACAGUGAUUGGCUGAAUUCAGAAUAAGUGACUGCAGAGGCAUAGCCAACAAAAGCAGGAAUGUGCCGCCACAUCCACAACCCGCCACAACAAAUCAUGUUAACACUAAUCGUGUGCAAUUACAUCCCUCCUCAAAUGCACUAUUGGAACAAAUGAGGGAUAGAAGCAAUUUUGCACAUCAGUGGGGGGAAAAAGCGAUGAUGUUAAAAGAGCAAACCUAAUUAAACAAAGCUUUUUUUCUGCAGCGACACGCCUCCAUAGCAACAUUCACUCCAACCAAUCAGCCGAGCCGCGGCCAGCCAGGUCUGGCACCUCCCCCCUCUCUGGGUGCACUCAGCAAGCACACAGUCUCACCAGCAGCAGGUGAGGCUCUGCUCCCAUCCCCACCACUCAGGGCUGCCCUGCCAAGACCACCACACACACGACCCCCCGGGCCUCAGCCACACGCACACACACGCACACGCACGACCCCCCGGGCCUCAGCCACACGCGCACACACGCACACGCACGACCCCCCGGGCCUCAGCCACACGCGCACACACGCACACGCACGACCCCCCGGGCCUCAGCCACACCAUGGAGUUACACCUCCAACACAACGUUAAACACACACACGCGCACACACACACACACACAGGCACGACCCCCCGGGCCUCAGCCACACGCACACACACACACACACACACACACGCACACACACGACCCCCUGGGCCUCAGCCACACCUUGGAGUUACACCUCCAACACAACAUUAAACACACACACACACUCACACACGCACACACAGACACACACACACUCACACACAUACACACACACACACACUCACACACACACACAAGCACGCACACGCGCAUGUCAGAACACUAACCCAAGCCUUGCAUUGCACUCAGAUCUUCUCUCCUCCCACCAGAGUUGGUCUUUAGACGUCAGUACAGUACCACUGACUUCUAAUAACUGGAAAGCAGUGCGUGUGGUGAGGCAAGUCUCGUACUUGCUUUUCCUCAUGUAGUGUCGUGCCGUUGAGUAGGGCAUGGCGCGGCUAUGGUCAGCAGAACAUCUAUCUCCCAACAUUACACAGCAAGUAGGGCAUGCAGGAGAGAGCCAGGAGCAGUAGCGGAGCCCGGCUCCCCUCUGCUGCCCAAGCCCAGACUGGAACAGCAAGGUGUCCGCAGCUUCCUCACACAGGUUCUCCUUUCAUUCGUCCUGAUUGGAGUUUUUCUUCUUUUUUUCAAUGCUGGAUUAGGUUUUAUUUUAUUUUUUGCUUGGUUUAUUGGGUUUAUUUCACCUUAGAUUUUCUCUUCACCGUAGUUUUAUUGUGUUCUUUUUUUGGUUUAAUUUGCAGGAUGAUACCAUACUCUAAACUCACUUCAGACAUCCAUGUUUUGGUUUUUUCAGUUCAUCUGCUCAGACUCCUCCCACAUGCUCUUAGGAGCACCUCUCACAGCUCUGGGAUUGGCCGGGGGUCAGCGGGACGCAGGGGCGACUGCUCUGGCAGCCAAUCACAUGUGUGACACAGGUGGGGCUUGUGGCAGCCUGACCGGGGGUCUCCAGGGCUGUGUGCUACAGAACACAGAGGGGGGGUCUCUGCUCUCACGAAGCCCCCCUCCGCCCCUUCUCCCCAGUAACGUUUACACUUGUUUACAUUCCCAGACGCCCACGUUCCAAGAACUGGAUGAAACUGUGGAACAAAAGCCUGUUUUUGAUUUUUUUUUUUUUUUCCAUUUUGUGAGGACAAAGUGGGAGAUCUCUGAGUUGAAUCAUAGUUUAUUUUCGGGGGGUUGGGGGGGGCUGUCUGCCGCUGCCCCAGGCCACACAGCGAUUGGCUGUCACCGCGGUGAUCCGCCCGUGCCCCCACGCCCUGCCCUGCCCCCCUCCAUCGCUGUGUUUCAGAGAGAGGGGACCCCAAACUACCCUCUCUUCCUCUUCCCCUGUCGCCACCACUCACCCACAGAGCAAACAGCCCAACACAAUCUCUCACAAACACACCCACCUCUAGCACAGCCCUGCAUUGACUUGCCUUUCUCAUUGUACCCAAACCACACACCGGUCACUACACACAGUUUAACUCACACACAAACCACACACUACACACAGUUUAACUCACACACAAACCACACACUACUGUUUCCAGCACAGUUUAACUCACACACAAGCCACACACCGGUCACUACUGUACCCAGAACAGCUUAACUCACACACAAGCCACACACCGGUCACUACUGUACCCAGAACAGCUUAACUCACACACAAGCCACACACCGGUCACUACUGUACCCAGAACAGCUUAACUCACACACAAGCCACACACCGGUCACUACUGUACCCAGCACAGCUUAACUCAAGACAAAAACAAAAACAAAACAGUCACAACAGGAAAAUCAAACAUGCGCACACACACACACACACACACAGACGCACACUUACGCGCACAUACACACACACAUAACCCUGAAUCACAGUAGGGAAGCCUUGAUUUUAUUUUCAGUUCUCCAAACUGCCUUUUUCAUUGAUUUGAGAUUUGUUGUUAGUGUGAGAGAAAUUUUGAAUGCUUAUCUCAUGAAAAGCAAAAUAAUCAAACCACUGACCUCACAAAAUAACUGGACUGCCAAGCCGUGGGUUUUCAUUGCAGGGACAGACUGCUGCCUCCUCAGCAUCAUAGAAAAUUAGCUCCACUGCAUAAGGAUUAUAUUGACAAUGGUGAUUUCUUUUUUAAUCUAUGGAAGUGCCUCUGUAUUCCCUUUAUGCAAUUUGUUAACAUGAAUUCAGGUUCUUUUUCACACAUAAGCUAUAGAGAAUGGUCAAAUGUUAUGUCUCAGAAUCACUGGUUAAACCAGUGACUGAUCACUAAAGGAGAUUGCAAACAUCUUUAUAUAUACAUAUAUAUAAUAUACAUAUAUAUUUAUGAACAUAUACUCUUUUCUUUCGCUAUAUAAGCUCUACGGCAGUCUAGUUAUUUUUUGAAGCCUGGCUUUGUCAGUCAGUGACAGCAUCUCUCAAUAUCUGUUCAAAUGUACCAGUACUGACCCACUGAUACACAUAUCCACAAUCUGCAGAAAAAGCAAGAAAAUUCCAUGGCAAAUAAAAAACAUUUCUUUGAAAAAAAUUGAGGGUAGAAUUGAAGAAAAAGAGUAAAACAGCCUACUUUGUUUUGUUUAUUCUUUUUUUUUUGGAUGGAAAGUAUUAUUAUUGAAAAAUAAUGUAUGUCGAUUGAGCCAUGUGCAAUGCAUUGGGUAGAUAAUUGUGUUUGUCUGUUAGAGAUUUUUAAGAAAGUUAAAAGAAAAGAGAGAAAAAAAAAUAUUUUUGUUUCAAGUCCACAAGCUCCGGGACUCUAAAUACGAGAGCGGAGAAAAAAAAAAAAGAAUCCCAGUCUUUGUAAGUUUGGGGGAAAAUUUUUUGAAUUUUUGUUUUGUUUCAUUUUUUUUCCUUUUUAAUGUUUUAUUUGUAAUAAUUUGUUUUUAAAAUGUGGGAGGGCUGAAGGAACAAUUUUACAAAACAUCAAGAAAUUAUAUAUUGCUAGACGAAACUGGUGCUUUUUAUGACAUAAAGUACAUUCAAACUCUAUUAUACAUAAAUAAUAAACAAAAAUAAGCGUUAUCAUAAAGCACAUUUUAGGAAAAGAGCAUUAUUCUUCUUCUAUUCCUCUUUUUGUAUUUACUAAGGGGGGGAGGGGUUCAUCUACUUCUAGGUUGUGACAAAAGGCAUUUUUCCUCAACCUUUACCCAACUUAGAGAGAGGUCAGGAGAGCUUGCAAAUUUAGCGCUAUAAUCCCCCAUAACCACACAAUAGAACAGAGAAGACUGUUUCAAUAGCAAGCUAAACGUAUCCUCCAGUGGCAUGAGUGAACAAUCCCAGAGUUCAGUGGGUCAAGUGUCUGUGAUGAAAGCCAGGUCAGCAUAGCCCAUGCGUUGUGCUGCAGUGUUUGAUGAUCUGAGCUGUACCCAACCCAUCAGUCAUUGUUACCAGAACUGCCCUCCUCAUAUCAUAUCAUCCACAAGAACACUGCCUGUCCAUCUUUUUUUUACAUUUGAAAUGGUCCCCCAAUGAAACACGCUGAGACACAGACAAGAGCUUCCCUGAUUAGGAAGAUGCAUCAAAAAAUGUAAUCCUGUUUAAAAUGUGCCAAUAAAACAGAAAACUGAUCUAAAGAACACAUGCUUGGAGAGAUGGGAGAUGUGAAACGUGAACUGAGUUUUGGUAGAUUUUGUAGACUCCCAUCUCAGAGCAAGCAUUGGCAACAAGCAAAAAAGAGAGAGAUAAUUGAAUUUCACAUUUCACAUUUGGGAACUAAAAGCCCAAAAGAUUUAUUUUAAAAAACGGAACCCCCCUCCCUUCUCUCUCAGCCUUUGAGUGUAAAUGAAAACUGAACAUAAAGUUGUGUUUUGUGAUGUAGUGUAGAUUCUGAGCAUUUAAAGGUUGUCCCUUAAAAGUGCCUUUUGUUCACAGACUCCAUCUUGUAAUCCAGAGCGCCCUUCUAAAAAACCAGUCCCCUCCUUCUUACUGUCCUAUAUCCUCUCCUAGCUUUUCAAAGCCGUAUAUAUAGUACUAAAGGAAAUUGGUGUGAUUUAGUUCUUUUUAUUGUUAAAUGAUAAAAAACCUAAAAAAGCAAAACAAAAAAAAAAUGUAUCUGUCCUUCCUUUCUUGCUUUCUUUCUUUCCUUCCUUCUGGCUUUUCUCCUCUCUUGGACACUGGAGUAGUCUGUAGCUGUGUGUCUGUCUCUGUUUCUCCCCUUCUCUGAACGGAGGGGGUUUUAAAAAAAUGGCAAAAACUUUGUCUGAGCAGAAUGCAGUUAGCUCACAUGUUAUUCUUGUCUGUGCGCUUCACAAUGUAUA